CUGGCACGACGCGUCUCGGUGUGAAGAGUGUUUGUCAUGUCGCUCCUCGACGCGCGUUCGUCGCGCUGAAAGCAUCCCGGAGGAAUAACGCCUUCUUCGUUUCGACGGAAUAAAGAGAAGACGGGUCGUAUGUCAACCGGUGCGAUAUUAUUCGGAGAAAUGCAUCUAACAGAAAUGCAGAAACAGGUCAUUCAUCAGUGCACUCAUAAGAACUCCUCUACUAGAUAUAUAAGAGAACUCUGGAUGGGUGAGUAAAGACUUUGUUUGGAUGGAUGCAGGCUCACUGAUAUGCUACUACAGUAUUGCAUUGGCAUGCCAGUAUAACCGAACCAACCUAAAGGACUAUAUUGGCACCGGAAUAAUGUGUUUUGUGCAGUGGAUUAUAUGAACUUUGCUGUGAAAAAUGACCGACUGACGGACGUGCCCAAGCACUUUACGUCUAGUUCUCAUGAUGCAGUGAGAUAUUAGAUGGCAGGGAUGGAUAUGAACUUGACGACGGUCAUUGACAGCGGCUUCAUGGAAAGUGACCGCUCCACGCGGGUUCUGACCGGUUGCUUUCUGUCCGUUCUAAUCCUCUCCACGUUGCUCGGGAACACGCUGGUUUGCGCAGCUGUCACGAAGUUUCGCCACCUGCGCUCUAAAGUCACCAACUUUUUUGUCAUCUCGCUGGCCGUGUCAGAUCUGCUGGUGGCCAUCCUGGUCAUGCCCUGGAAGGCUGUGACGGAGGUCGCAGGCUUCUGGCCCUUCGGUGCGUUUUGCGACAUUUGGGUGGCUUUCGAUAUCAUGUGCUCCACGGCGUCUAUCCUGAACCUGUGCGUUAUUAGCGUGGACCGCUACUGGGCCAUUUCCAGCCCGUUCCGCUACGAGAGGAAGAUGACUCCCAGAGUGGCCUUCGUGAUGAUCAGCGUGGCCUGGACCCUGUCCGUUCUCAUCUCCUUCAUCCCGGUGCAGCUCAAAUGGCACAAGGCUCAGCCGAUGAGCUUCCCGGAGGUCAAUGCGUCUCGCAGGGCUCUGCUGACAGACAACUGCGACUCCAGCCUCAACCGAACGUACGCCAUUUCGUCCUCGCUCAUCAGCUUCUACAUUCCCGUCGCCAUCAUGAUUGUAACGUACACUCAGAUUUACCGGAUCGCCCAGAAGCAGAUCCGACGGAUCUCGGCUCUCGAAAGAGCCGCGGAAAGCGCCAAGAUCCGUCACGACAGCAUGGGAAGCAGCUCCAACGUGGACUCGGAGAGCUCCUUCAAACUGUCCUUCAAAAGAGAGACGAAAGUCUUAAAGACGCUGUCGGUUAUAAUGGGGGUGUUCGUGUGCUGCUGGUUGCCCUUUUUCGUCCUGAACUGCAUGGUGCCGUUUUGCAAGCAAGCCUCGGCCGGUCUCCCGUGCAUCAGUCCAACGACGUUUGAUGUCUUCGUCUGGUUCGGAUGGGCCAAUUCGUCUCUCAACCCUAUCAUAUACGCCUUCAACGCAGACUUUCGCCGAGCAUUUGCCAUCCUUUUGGGAUGCCAGAGACUCUGUCCGGGAAGCAAUAGCAUGGAGACCCCUAGCCUCAAUAAGAACUGAAAAGCAAUGUCACGCCAAUCCUUUGCCGACAGAGGCAGGGGGAAAAGGAUUGGGGAUUAAGACUUCGGGAAGAGAGCCCUCCUGUUGAGGCUAAUCUCUAUAAAAAGCUACACUUCCCCAAAGAACGACACGAGGGUGGUCUGUGCGGUCGCAGUGUCUUUUACGCACAGAUUAUUGAAUCCACAAGUGACUUGCGAUGUUUGAUCAGAGGAAUUGCAGACGCUUCUGUUUUUAUUUUAAUGUUAAAUGUUAAAGUGCUGGGCAAAAUGGCAAUACAGUGGAACAAACAUAGCGUAUUUAAUGCAAACGAGCAGAGGAUGUGUUCAUCAUUCUAUAAAUCCAGGCAAUAUCACUGAAUAAAUGACCACCUCAGUCAUUUCCAAUAAAAUUCAGUGUAAUCUGAAUCGAAUACAUCGCUGCUUGAUAAAUAUCUAUCUCAUCCUCUCCACUCUCAUUACAUUUCCUUUACGUCUUGCCUUAUUCAUGAGACUUCACAUUUUUUUCCAAAACAAGAGGGCAGAUGGUCAAUCAUGAGAUUGCCGUCCCAUUAUUGCCAUAAUGAACAUGUAUAUUGUUCUGUGGCACUUGUUCUCUUCAAAGCCUCUGAUUCAUUAUUAAACUGUGAAAGCUAAACGCCACGACUGGCAGAACAGAUGGCCGUAAAAUAAAAAUGCAGAUGUGGCAGGGCUCUCGUUUACGGUCAUCAAGUAAUAGAUACGUUAUUGUUGAGAUUGUCAUUAUGUUCUGAAAGCGGUGCAAAAUAACACUGGAUGUGAUGCAAUGUGUCAUGUGAUAACGUGGGAAUAUGAAACGCGGAGAACCUCAGAACGUCUGAAUGUAAUUAAUUGUGACGAGUCCAAAUUAUGUGGUCGGUUUUAUGGUGUUUCUGUGCUUUCGCGACGCACUGUUACGUGUGUUACUGCGUUUAUUGUGGCGUUUAGCGAGAGACGCUCGUUCAGUGAUGCAGCACUACAGCGUCCAAGUAGAAUUAAGCGACGCUUAACUUAUUUGGCGACCGGUGAGAGAGUGCAUAUGUAAAGCAAACGUCGUGGUGUUAAAAGUUCUUGAAUUAAAACGUGUUUGUUCUUUCCUUGUGAACGCUGUGUUUGUCGGGGCCGUGCAAAACAUGCUCUGGAAAACACACCUCUGGAUUAAUAAUUCCUCAGCACUCCAGCUCCUAUUCUUCACUUGAUGAAACGCGAAUGGGAAACAAUAACAGACGGCAGGAACCGUGGCUCGCAACCUCUUAAACUUUCAUUUGCUGCCGUCGAGCUGUCUUGACACUGUGCAAAGCUGGCAUGAAUAGAGAUAAUAAGCUCGGGCUCGGCUCAGAGGAACUGGGGAAUCAAAUUGUUUUUGUUUGCCAGCCUCCGUGAAUGUGUAAGAGUCAAGCUCUCGCAGCAGGGCCCUCAAAACUGACAUCCCCACUCUACCUCAAACACAACACUCUCAUAUCAGACACAAUAGGAAGCAUAUUGGAUGAGUUAUUAAACAGUAGACGCUGUGCUUAAGAUCCAGAAACAGCGGUGCAUGAGUCAUCUCUGUCAUUUGUCGCUGUACACUAUGUUGUGUUUGCUCUAUAUCAGCCGAGAGGAAACAGUAGGGCCACUGUGUAAUUAGUGUAAUGAAGAGCAUUAGUAUUGUGUAGCGCACUUGUGCAUACUUAAUGGAUGGCGACCAUAGGUGUGU